AUGGACUCUUCGUCGUCUGGCAUUCAAGAACCGUUCGAUCUCAUCAGGCUGUCACUAAGCGAACGUGUGUUCGUUAAAUUGAGAGGUGACCGUGAACUCACUGGUGUCCUACAUGCUUACGAUGGGCACAUGAAUCUUAUCUUGAGCGACGUCGAAGAAACCAUAAUGAUUGUUGACCAAGUUGAAGGUGCAACGGAUGGGCAGGCUACGGUGAAUAUCGCGAAGAGAAAGAUGGAGAUGCUGUUUGUACGAGGGGAUGGUGUAAUCCUAGUAUCACCACCCUCACGGACAUGA